AUGAGCUCGGAACACACUUAUCGUUCUGUGCAAGAACACUAUGCAGGAGUUGCGAACCAAACCGACCCUAUUAAUCAGGGAACCUAUGAACAAAAGGUCGCAACCGCCUUUGGAUACGAUCUAGAGGACUUACGCUCUAUUCCCGGCAAUGCGAAUCUAGGUGUGAGCUGUGGGAACCCUUUAGCAACAGCAAAUAUCGGCCUAGGCGAGACUGUGGUUGAUUUAGGUAGUGGUGGGGGCAUCGACGUUUUGCUUGCCGCAAAGAAAGUUGGGCCGGAAGGAAAGGCCAUUGGUAUUGAUAUGACGAAGGACAUGCUUGAAUUGGCGCGUCAGAACGCGAGGAAUGCUGGAGCUUCUAAUGUGUCGUUUAUAGAGGCGUACAUUACCUCCAUCCCCUUACCGUCAUCGACUGUUGAUUGCAUCAUCAGUAAUUGUGUUGUAAAUCUGGUGCCGGAAGCCGAGAAACCCCUUGUGUUUCAGGAGAUAUUUCGCCUCCUGAGGCCUGGAGGUAGGGUUGCAAUCAGUGAUAUUCUGGCAACACAAGAGCUUCCAAUGGAUAUCAAAAGGGAUCUCUCCUUCGAUCUAAACAUUUACAAGGAAAUGUCGCCAAGAGAAGAGUCUGAUAUAUCGGGCCCUGCCAGCUCAUGCUGUGAUCCUGCGAAACUCAGUACAUCCAAGAAAUUGCCAACCGUAGAUUUUAACCUCUGGACUGGCUCCUUCAAGAUCUUUGCCAUAAAGCCCGACACUCAAAGUUGA